AUGCAAAAAGUUAUGCUCUGCUUUCGGGCUUGGGAGGAUUGGGCGAUAUAUCCGGGAGAUUUUCUCUUCCAGUUGCAGACCUCUUUUCUCGGAAUCGCCAAUGAGCCUUUAAAUGAGGAUGGCGAUCCUCUCUUCUCUGAUGACAUUGAUGGGGCGGCUCUUGAUGACGAGUUAACUUCUCGAUUGCCUUCGAAUGAAAUGACUACUCUCGGCUCUGAUGUCGAGGCACUAGAAGCGACUCCGCUUGUCCAAUACGAUGGAGAUGCGGCCGAUCUUGACGGUAGUCCUUUGGUCGAACAUGAAGACGAAGAUGAUGCAACCGAAAUGUUUCCCUUGUUAGUGGUUAUUUGUAUCUAUCCUUCUAAGUCUAAUGCCAUAUUUUUCAUUCCCAUUUUUAACCCAUAUCUCUAG